AUGUCAUCCAUAACACGACCAGUUGUUGCCAUCGCCGGAGCCACCGGGCAUCUAGGCAAGCACGUCACAACAGCCUUCCUCUCCUCCACCUUCCAAGACAAAUUCUCCGAGAUAAUACUCCUCUCAAGAAAUGAAUCAUGUCUCUUCCAACCUUCUUCCUCCCAAUCUGGCGUAAAACUCACAGCUCGUCGCUACAACGAGAACAACCUCGAAGAAACGCUACAAGGCAUACAAAUCCUCGUAAACGCAAUCGGGCCCACAGGGCACGAUUUCAAAACAAAGAUCGCAGCCGCCCUCCCCCGAACUGACAUCCAAGUCUACUUCCCCUCCGAGUUCGGCGUCGACCACUACGGCCACAACUUCGUCCACCUAGAGUGGCACGAGAAGAAGAAGCAUCUGGCAAACGCGCAGCCAGUCGUCACGCACAUGAAGAUUUGCCGCGUAUUCUGCGGCCUGUUCUUGGAAGACAGUAUCGGGCCAUGGUUCGGUCUCGACACUCAGAACGGGAAGUAUACUAGUGUUGGGUCGUUCCGCACACGGGUGUCUUUUACCUCUCUUGGCGAUGUCGGCAGGACGGUUGCCUCAUUGGCAACUAUGCCGGUAGAGAAAAUCCCUAAUAUUGUUCAUGUUGGCGGUGACUCGCGCUCGGUUGCAGAGAUCGCGGGCAUUAUGGAGUCUGCUGGUGCGGGACGUAUUGAUAUUGACUGCCUCCCAUAUGAGGAAUAUAAGACGAAGACUAUUGCUAAGCCUUCAUGGGAUCCGGCUCCCUAUAUGUGGUUCUUGAUGGGUGAUGGAAGUAUUGCUCAUAUUCCUGGUUGUCUUGGGAACGAUAAUGAUCUUGUUAACCCUGAUCAGAAACUAUGGAAAUGGAAAACUGUAGAGGAUUUGGCGAAGGAAACUAAUGGGCAGCCUGUGAAAGAAGCUGUCUGA